AUGGCUGAGAAGUGUGGAUCAGAGAAUGCAUCAAGCUCUUCACCGAACCUGAUAUGUCCACUAUGUCUUGAUAUAUUUGUCGAGGCGACAAUCUUAACUUCAUGUGGACACACAUUUUGUAGGCGAUGCCUCAAGAAGUACGAUCUAACCCACCAGGACCUUGAUCACAUGGUCUGUCCUCUCUGCAGGGAGACCACCAAGUUGUCCGCCAACCGUGUCGAUGAUCUCCGCCUCAAUGUCUCCAUCAACGGAUGCGUAGACGAUUACCACGCCAAGUGUGGAGGGAUGAAUGCUGUUCUCGAGAUGCGACCAAAAUGUUCUGGUUGCAAGCUUCAAGGAGAUGCUGUCUCAUUCUGCAGAACCUGUAAUAACUGCAUAUGUGAUAAAUGUUUGCAAUGUCAUCAUUAUCUGUCAGUCUUUGAAGAUCAUGAGAUUGUCUCCAUGGAUGAUGUCAUCGAAGGGAAGGUCAGCAUUGGUCAUUUAUUCGAGAAGUGUUCCAUCCACAAACCAGAGAACAAGGACAUGUUUUGUGAGGUUUGUAAGGUCCAUGUCUGUCACAAGUGCGUACUCGUUGAUCAUCAAAAUCACAAAGUCAAGAACCAGGUUGACUUUGAGCAGGAGUUGCGACGGAAGGUAACAGACCUUGCUCAACGAUGUGCUGACAAGAAAGCAGAGCUAGAGAAGAACAUUCAGAACAUAGAAAUACAACGUCAUGAGGUACACACUGCAGUGCAGACACUACUAGAUGAUGUCAAGCAAGCCUACAACAUCAAGGCCAAGGAACUGGAAGAAAAUCUUCGAAAUCUCACCGACUCAAUACAUGCCUUACAGCAUAGUUUUGAUGACGACCUCGACGUCUUGAAGUCAAAAGAUCGACAGAGGAUCAAGAGUAUUUGUAGUUCAAUUACUUUGGUAGAUAAUGACAGACUAGGUCAUCUUGAGACAGACACUCUAUCUGCUCAUAUCUUGCUCUGUGAGGAGCUGGAUGCCAUGCUGAAGGAGGUUACUGAUCACACUUCUGCAGAAGCUAUUAAGAAGAAAGCACAGGAGAAGAGGUUCAAACCAGCAGAUGAUACUCGUCUUGACCUCGGGAGCAUUUCAGAACAUACUGAUCACACUUCUGCGGAAGCUAUUAAGAAGAAAGCACAUGAGAAGAGGUUCAAACUAGCAGACGAUACUCAGCUUGACCUCGGGAGCAUCUCAGGAUCAGAUCCCAAGAUGGAAGUCAUUCAGUGUAUUGAUCUACGGGGAAGGAUGUUCGGUAUGGCACGGUACUCCCUUAGCACUGUCGCUAUCGGGAAUGGAUGGGAUGCACAAGGUAUUGAUAUCAUUGAUUCAAAUGGUGGUAAGCAGCGAUAUAGUAACAUAUUAGCCUUAAAUGACAUGUAUUGUUAUGAUCUGAUUUUGCAACGGGACGGGGCGUUAUGUGUGUCUAUUGGUUCUACAGAAGCCCACAUCUACUCUCCCCUUGGCUCCAGGAAAGCAACGAUCCACGUGAGAGACAAUGGAAAUUUUCUCAGAGUUAACAGGAGUCCAUCAGAUGAAAUCAUCAUUACUAACUAUGGAAAACAAGUCUAUAUCUAUGACCCGACAGGAUCCACUCUUAAACACACUGUUCAAACAAAGCACAAAACGGAGCAGGCAUCUAUCACCAGGACGGGUUUGAUCGUCACGAGUUCAUGUUGGCGCAAUCCAAGCAUGGUGACGGUCUGUGACAGGGAUGGGAAUGCUGGUGAGUCUCUACAAGCUCAAAAGGGUGUCUACCUGUUUGCUGCCGUGGAUGAGCAGGACUGGGUGUAUGUAGCAAGUGUUGAUGUGAAGAAUAGUAGCGUCGUGAUCAGGCUCUAUGAUCUUGAUGGUCUGAACCUGAAGGAAAGAGUUGAGUUCAACGCACUUAAUAUGACAUUGGUUUGGAAUUGGUGUUACUUGGUUUCCCUCUCUCCAGACAUGCUCGCCUUUGCUUGUGAAAAGAAGUUAUAUUUCAUCAAGGUAUCACUGUAAUCAUGGUAAUCCAGAUUGUCUCACACCAUAUAGCAUCACAGCCCAAUAUUGUGUAACAUGUAUUCACCGAGCUAUCCUGAUUUACCUCCAUGGUUCCAUAUUCUAUUGUUUAUCAUAAUUUCAUGAUAUCUCUUUUCAAUGGUAGGAUCCAUCAUGUGACAUUCUUAGGAGUAUACAAACUAGUCACGCAUGCUAUAGAACUAUCAGUAAAAUUCCUUUAAAAAUGGGUUCUCCUGGCUAAAAAAAGUAAAAUCAGAAUAUACGUUAUGACAUACUCCAUAACAUAAAAUGGCAAAACGCUGAAAAUUUCAUCAAAAUCUGAUAAAACAACUAAUUAAUUUGUAAGUUUAGCGAUAUUUUGUGAAAACAGCUAUGACCAGUGAUAAGUGGGCUGAUGUUGUGUGGUCCCAACUUUCCCUUUUCUUAUUUCAUUAUAGGACAUCACAAUGCAUUGUGUAUAAAAUUUGUUUCAACAAUGAUGAUAUUACAAAUCAAAGCAGUA